AUGUCGUGUCACACUUAUUGGGUAUACAUUAUAUAUAAGAGGAACAAAAAGAAGAAGAAGAAGGAGGAGAAGGAGAAGAAGAAGAAGAAGAAGAAGGAGAAGAUGAAGAAGAAGAAGAAGAAGAAGAAGAAGAAAAAGAAGAGGAAGAAGAAGACAGAACUACCUAGUACGGAGAGGAAAUCGGAUGUACGGGCCCUUGUCAAGGAUUUCAACGAUUCUUAUCGGCAGCUCGGUGAUUACGUCACAAAAAAAAAUGAGGAAAAGAGACAAUGGAAUAAAAACUCUCCAGAUAAACCAACAUUCAAGGCGAGCAAUACACACAUUUCUGAUACAAAUCCACAAGAAUCAACUAAAACUAUUUCCAACCCAUCGAAUUCAAAAUCAAAUGUUGUGGAUAGCUCGUCUAAAAGCCCACGCAAACUCGAAAAUAUUUAUGGAGAGGGCACGACGGAAAGUAAGGAAGGGGAAUCGUCAAACUCAGACGUUCAGCGUCUCUUGGAUGCUUACCCAAAGAAAUUUCAAGAACUUAGACAGCUGAUGGAAGAAAUGAAGGAUAGGCAUGCCAAGUCAAUCAAUAGAUUGAGACACAAAUUGAAGAGUGACGCCCUCAAGCAACAAGAAGAGGCGAAGGAAGCCGCGAAACGUGAAGCGCAAGAAGAAACGGAUAGACUCCGACAUCUCUUAAAAGCGCAGAGAACGAAAUCACAGCGGGCCUUGGAAAAUAUGAAAACUGAAAAGCACAAACUUGUCACUAAACAAGCAAAAAGCAACAAGACACUGCGACAGACGGAAAAUAAACUAGCUGACAUGCAGAAAGGUUUGUUCACCGUCAAGAAACAAUUUGCAAAGAUUCGACGCGAAAAGGUGAUUAGUGAUGAAGACAGAGCCGGGCAGCGAUCAAAGGCCAUCCAAGAAAAGAAACGAGCAGAUCGACUCCAGAAAGAUUUCAAAUCCCUCGAAGCAGGUAUCCAAACGGUUAGACUUCUAAACAGGCAAAACGAAAAUGUAACUCAGCACGACUACGAUGUACUGCAGUGGAAGUUCCGUUCCAUAGUGAAACUUGUCAGGGAAGUGGACUCUAUCACCACCCCACCUGACCUGGGAAGGAUGCCUUCUUUGGAAAAGACCAUGGAAGCAAGAGCUGGCAGAGGAUCGAGAGUUCGUCUUCCAGCAAUUGGGUAUCCGGGUCGUCCUCUCAUGAAAGGAGAACAACGAGGGUUACAAGGUCGACAGCGAAUGAGACAAAUAACAUACCCACAGAAGAAAGUUGUGCAUCAAAUUCCAAGAAGAAAUGACCAACAUCCCAAGGAGGAGACAUUGGCUUUACCAAUGCCAGAAGAGAACCCCGGUGACUUUCAUGACGAUUCUUCAACGACAGAUUCAACAAGCAUCGACCAUUCACCUACCAGAUCAUCACGGAGGUCACAUCAGAAUGACGAAGGAGAAGGAGGCUACUCAUCCGAUUCCACACCUGAUACUGUCACUGAAAACCGGGCCUCAAGAAAUCAAAGUGGAAUAUUGGCCUUACCACCUCCGGAUGGGACUCCUAGUGUUGUCAGAGAGUCCUCUCAAUCCAGUAGAGGAUCUCGGUCAGAUUCUGGUAGAACCUUGUCUCGGGAAUCAGCAAAGGGCGAAGGAGGUACUGGAGCAAAGGUCAUUAAAAACCAAACUGAGAAGUCUGACACAUCUAAUUAUAAUAAUGAACAGACACUGAAAAGCGGGAUAAAAGAUGAAGAAGAAGUCACAGGCGACAGAGAGGAAGACCUAAGUGUUUUCUUAACAUAA